AUGAAGACCCUGAAGAAGCAGUGGCUGGAAGCAGUGGGUGCCUACCAAUUCGUGCUCACUUUCCUUUUCAUGGGUCUUUCUUCAUUCCUUCUUGUCUUCUCCCUCCUGUUCACAUCCCUCUGGUCAUUCUCUGUUCUCUACUUGGCAUGGCUCUUCCUAGACUGGGACACACCCAACCGGGGUGGAAGGCGGUCUAAGUGGAUAAGGAACUGGACCAUUUGGAAAUACCUAAGGGAUUAUUAUCCUGUCAAGCUGGUGAAAACAGUAGAGCUGCCCUCUGACCGGAACUAUGUGUUUGGCUCUCAUCCCCAUGGGAUCAUGUGCAUCGGAACCUCCUGUAAUUUCUCCACCGAGAGCACGGGCUUCUCUGAGAAGUUCCCCGGGCUUCGGUCCUCAGUAGUCGCGCUGGACGGACUCUUCCACCUUCCAAUCUAUCGAGACUACCUCAUGUCCUUGGGAAUGUGCUCUGUGAGCCGCCAGAGCCUGGACUUUAUUCUGUCACAGCCCCGGCGUGGGCAGGCCGUGGUCAUCAUUAUUGGGGGUGCCCAAGAAUCCAUGUAUUCACUUUCGGGGGAGCAUCGCGUCUUUCUCCAGAACCGCAAAGGCUUCGUACGCCUGGCGCUGAGGCAUGGGGCCUCCCUGGUGCCUGUGUACUCCUUUGGGGAGAAUGAUGUCUACAAAAUUAAGGUUUUUGCCACAGACUCUUGGCAGUAUUUGUGCCAGUCCUUCAUCAAGAAGUACCUGGGCUUUGCUCCCUGUGUCUUCUGGGGCCGAGGUUUCUUCUCAGCCAACUCCUGGGGCCUGCUGCCCUUCCCCGCGCCCAUCACUACUGUGGGUGAGUCCUCCUCUCCAGGGAAGAAAGCCAUCAUCAGCUGUGUGGGCACUUCUCACCUCAUCUGUCUCCCCUCUCUCUGCAGUGGGCCGCCCCAUCCUGGUGCCCCAGAGCCUCCUCCCCACUGA